AUGUCUUGGUCUCAGUUUCUAGUACUUCUACUCCUCGGAGUGGCACUUUUUGCCACUCAAUCAACUCUGGCUGAUUACUCUUCUCCUCCCAUCUACGAGCCUCACCCUCCUCCGGUGGCUGAGAAGCCUAAGCCACCACCAACCCCAGUUUACGUGAAGCCUCCGCCGGAAGUAAAGCCUAAGCCACCACCUGUUUACGUGAAGCCUCCACCGGAAGUAAAGCCUAAGCCACCACCUGUUUACGUAAAGCCUCCACCGGAAGUAAAGCCUAAGCCACCACCUGUUUACGUGAAGCCUCCACCGGAAGUAAAGCCCCCACCGGAAGUAAAGCCUAAGCCACCACCUGUUUACGUAAAGCCUCCACCGGAAGUAAAGCCCCCACCAGAAGUAAAGCCUAAGCCACCACCUGUUUACGUAAAGCCUCCACCGGAAGUAAAGCCCCCACCAGAAGUAAAGCCUAAGCCACCACCUGUUUACGUAAAGCCUCCACCGGAAGUAAAGCCUAAGCCACCACCUGUUUACGUGAAGCCUCCACCGGAAGUAAAGCCCCCACCGGAAGUAAAGCCUAAGCCACCACCUGUUUACGUAAAGCCUCCACCGGAAGUAAAGCCUAAGCCACCACCUGUUUACGUAAAGCCUCCACCAGAAGUAAAGCCCCCACCGGAAGUAAAGCCUAAGCCACCACCUGUUUACGUAAAGCCUCCACCGGAAGUAAAGCCUAAGCCACCACCUGUUUACGUGAAGCCUCCACCAGAAGUAAAGCCUAAGCCACCACCUGUUUACGUAAAGCCUCCACCAGAAGUAAAGCCCCCACCGGAAGUAAAGCCUAAGCCACCACCUGUUUACGUAAAGCCUCCACCGGAAGUAAAGCCUAAGCCACCACCUGUUUACGUAAAGCCUCCACCGGAAGUAAAGCCCCCACCGGAAGUAAAGCCUAAGCCACCACCUGUUUACGUAAAGCCUCCACCGGAAGUAAAGCCUAAGCCACCACCUGUUUACGUGAAGCCUCCACCGGAAGUAAAGCCCCCACCGGAAGUAAAGCCUAAGCCACCACCUGUAUACGUAAAGCCUCCACCGGAAGUAAAGCCCCCACCGGAAGUAAAGCCUAAGCCACCACCUGUUUACGUAAAGCCUCCACCGGAAGUAAAGCCUAAGCCACCACCUGUUUACGUGAAGCCUCCACCGGAAGUAAAGCCCCCACCGGAAGUAAAGCCUAAGCCACCACCUGUUUACGUAAAGCCUCCACCGGAAGUAAAGCCUAAGCCACCACCUGUUUACGUGAAGCCUCCACCGGAAGUAAAGCCCCCACCGGAAGUAAAGCCUAAACCACCACCUGUUUACGUAAAGCCUCCACCGGAAGUAAAGCCCCCACCGGAAGUAAAGCCUAAGCCACCACCUGUUUACGUGAAGCCUCCACCGGAAGUAAAGCCCCCACCGGAAGUAAAGCCUAAGCCACCACCUGUUUACGUAAAGCCUCCACCGGAAGUAAAGCCCCCACCGGAAGUAAAGCCUAAGCCACCACCUGUUUACGUAAAGCCUCCACCGGAAGUAAAGCCCCCACCAGAAGUAAAGCCUAAGCCACCACCUGUUUACGUAAAGCCUCCACCGGAAGUAAAGCCUAGGCCACCACCUGUUUACGUGAAGCCUCCACCGGAAGUAAAGCCUAAGCCACCACCUGUUUACGUAAAGCCUCCACCGGAAGUAAAGCCCCCACCGGAAGUAAAGCCUAAGCCACCACCUGUUUACGUAAAGCCUCCACCGGAAGUAAAGCCUAAGCCACCACCUGUUUACGUGAAGCCUCCACCAGAAGUAAAGCCUAAGCCACCACCUGUUUACGUAAAGCCCCCACCGGAAGUAAAGCCUAAGCCACCACCUGUUUACGUAAAGCCUCCGCCGGAAGUAAAGCCUAAGCCACCACCUGUUUACGUGAAGCCUCCACCGGAAGUAAAGCCUAAGCCACCACCUGUUUACGUGAAGCCUCCACCGGAAGUAAAGCCUAAGCCACCACCUGUUUACGUAAAGCCACCGGUGGAGAAGCCUAAGCCACCACCAACCCCAGUGUACGUGAAGCCACCACCGGUGGAGAAGCCUAAGCCACCACCUACCCCAGUUUACGUAAAGCCUCCACCAGAGGUCAAGCCUAAGCCACCACCAACCCCAGUGUAUGUGAAGCCACCCCACGUUGAGAAGCCUAAGCCACCACCGACCCCGGUUUACGUGAAGCCUCCUCACAUGGAGAAGCCCAAGCCACCACCGAGUUACGGUCACCACCCCCGACACCCUCCGGUUUACGUGAAGCCUCCUCAUAUGGAGAAGCCCAAGCCACCACCGAGUUACGGUCACCACCCCCGACACCCUCCGGUUUACGUGAAGCCUCCUCCUAUGGAGAAGCCCAAGCCACCACCGAGUUACGGUCACCACCCCGGAUACCCUCCGGCGCCCCCGAGUCCUAGCCAUUAUUGA